AUGAGUACAUCUACAUAUAUCCCUCAAGAUAUCGUCUCAAGCGACGAAACACGACCAUCAUCCCUUCAUCUAGUCAUUCAGCCCCCUGCUGACUGCAUUCGCCCAGCUUGGGGAACAAGUGCUGGUGCUGUCACCGUUGUGUGGGCAGGAAGGAGGACCGGCUCAAGUACUCCGUUAACUCGCAUCCCUUGCCUCGCAAUUGAAACCCACAUUUUAGCCAUCUUUUGCUUACACACAAUUGUGUUACUUGCUGGACUCGAACUCGGACGUAUUAUACCUCCCGCACCUGCUUGGCCUGCACGAAAUCUGGUACCUCCUGCACUAAAUGACGUGCCUUCCAACAUCCGCAACCGAUGCCAGGGCGGAAACACGGGUUCGACACGAGAGUGGUAUCAGGGCAUCAUCCACAUCGAUGUGUUUCUUCUAGGCCCAGCUCGCUGCCUAGCCCAGGACUUGCUCGUCAUCCGCACUAAAAUCACCAACUUCUCCGUGUCAUGCCCCAAGACCCAAGCACACUUCCCGAGCGCCCAUCACCUCAACAAUGAAAAACAUACAUCUAAGCAAAAUCGACUGUCCUCUGAGGUUCUAGUCUCCAUUGCAUCUCCAUCCUUUGGUAUCCCCAUCUACAACCUGCGCUUUUCUAAGCCCUUUCCCUUCCUUUAUAAAUUCAGACUCAAAGACAUCAGCCUCGGCGACCUGGAGAACAAGUUACUCAGAAGCGGAGGAGGUGCUAGCCUCCACAUCAAACCCCAUCUCAGUCCUGGAUUGUGGGUACUGUCUGUUAUGAUCAUUGCGGGUAAGCGAGGCAAGGGUGUGCCACUCGACCUGGGGCAGGAUGGAGUUUUCAGGCCUGCUGCACAUGGGCGCAAGACUGCGCUUGGGGACACGAGAUCGAAGCUCGGACGAUACAGAGGGUUCCAGGUUAAGGGUGAUGCCCAAUGUAUCGGGUUGUAUUACCCAAGUAUUACCCUAAGUCAAGCGCACGAGGGUACGAACCCCAUCGAGCGAGUCGUAAACGGAAAGAACUGCUUGCUGUCCCACCACCCACACCUGAAUGCAAAGGCGGAGAUGGACUUCACGACGCACCUCUUUAUCUGCAUGAACUUGGACUAUAACAAGGUCGAUCAGACACAGAGGAAAUGGUAUACAGAGCAUUGUUACCAAGGUUUCGAGUGGAAUUGUGAGCUGGCUCAGCUGGGCAGUAGUAAGCUAUUUUGGGUUAGUUGGAGAUGCAGGUUCCGCUUAGUCAUGUGGAAGGCGGAAAAGGAAGAGAUGAACAACUCACCAUAUGCACCCCAUCUCCACACCAACUACGCCCCCUCGGCUGCAGAAAUCCUUGAUAUCAAGAAUCAUUUAACGGAACCACUCACACUUUUAUCAACCUUGGAUGCCGAAAUCGAGCAGCUGAACUCGACUCUCUGCAUCUUACGUGACCGGCAUUGCAUUUUGAGUGAGGAGAUUGAGUCUCAUCGAGCACUUAUCUCUCCUUUUCGUCAACUACCUCUUGUUAUGUUGGGGGAGAUCUUCUCUCAUUGUCUUCCUACACAUCAUAACGCCGUCUUGAGCCUUCGAGAAGCUCCCCUGUUGCUGGGUCGUGUUUGUAGCACAUGGAGAUCUAUCACUCUGUCAACUCCACAGCUUUGGGCAAGUCUUCACAUGCCGACGCCUAGGUCAGACUCUCUUUUUGGUCCUGCAUACAUCAGGGAAACGGCAACAUGCGCCGAGGCAUGUGUUGGUCGCAGCUCACUCACCUCAAAUUGGAUGUAG